CCGAGGCCCGCGGGCGCCCAGGAGGGAGCGCGGGGCCCGGCCUGCCCGGAACGCGAGCGCGGGGCCCGGGGCCGGGGAGCGGCUGCGCUGCCGGACCGGCGGCUCCAGCGUAACCCCGGCGGCCCCGCCAUGAGGCUGCUCCGCGCCCUGCUCCGGCCCGCGGGCCCCGCCGCCUACACGCAGGGCCAGAGCCCCGCGCCGCGCGCCCGGGAGUAUUUCUACUACAUCGACCACCAGGGCCAGCUUUUCCUGGACGAUGCCAAAGUGAAGAACUUCAUCACCUGUUUUAAAGAUAAGCAGUUCCUCACCUUCUUCUUCAAACAACUGCAGCUGAACCGGAGCGGACGCUACCAGGACGCCUUCCCCUACCUCUCCCCCUGCGGCCGAGAGCACAACUUCGUGCGCUGCGACGACCGCCCCAUCGUCUUCACCCACCUGCUGCGGGGCCAGGCGGGCGAGGAGCUGCUCUCCUACUGCGGCGGCGGAGACAGGCUGGUGGUCAGCUUCGAGCCGGAGAAGCUGGUGAUGUUCCCCGAGAACGGGCGCGUCUAUCACCCGGCCCCGCGGAAAGCCGGCGGCGUGGGGCUGGUGAAAUCAGCCCUGGCCUUCGAGCUGAGCCCCUGCUUUGAGUACAGCCAGGGCGCCGGCGGGCCCCCCACCCACUUCUGCUGGCAGGGCAAGCGCUACACCCUCACCAACGAGCUGGUGCAGCUGAUCCGCUCGAACAGCAGCGCCUGAGCCGGGGCGUCACCCGUGAGGCUGCCUGGCCCUGGGGACAGAGCAAGGACUGGCCCAUCUGCAGCUACGCUGGCUGCUUUGCAACAGCCUGGGGACAGCACCUCCCUGGAGCAGAUCUCUGCAGCCCACCCCCUGGCUGCCCCGCCACACGUAUGUCACUUGGGCCAAGCAGCCCCGGGGUUGGCUGCUUGAAGGGCCUCCAGGGGCCUUUUCUCCAGCGGGGGUGGGGCUGCCCUCUGCCCUCGAACCCCAUGGGCUGCACGUAAGGCUCUAGAUUGGGCUGGGCGGCCAUGAGCUCCGACAGCCACCUCCUAGUGGGAGCCAAAGGGAAGCCGGAAAAGCAGCGGCUCUUGUCCCCUCUGGUCCAAGCAGAUGGCCAAGCCGGAGGUGAACGGAGCCCCUGCUUUGCCGUCGCACGGGGAGCUGGGCUGGGAUUCUGUCCCUGGAGAGCAGAGCGGGGUGGGGCAGACCCGGAAUCCAUGUUCCUUCACCUGUGGCCCUACAAACCCCACAGCCCAGGGCCCCUCUCCUCCCUCAGCCCUCCCCAUUUUAAGGAUCUGCAGAUUCGGUGUGGGCCCAGGGCCUGCUGCAUUGCUUGGUGCGUGCUCACCGUGUCUGCCCUUCCCCAGAGCAGUGAGCAGUGAGCACUGUGGGGAAAGACCCUGCUGCUCGGCCCGCUCCCCCCAACCUCUGCCCCGUCCAUAGCAGGAGAGGCCGGGAGAGGCUGCUGGGAGUGGAAGGAGAGUCUCAGUGCCCGCGCCCCAUUGCUGUGCUCGUCGGCUCCUCGCCAUGCGGAGCCAUGGGGCCCGUGGUGCUCCAUGCUGGUAGCGAUCCCCGCCUAGGCAGGCUUCGCUGAGCUCCUGGGUGGCUGAGUGGGACAGCUCGUGGGAGCCCAGUGGCGCGUGCAGGGAGGCCCCGGCGUGAUUAUCUCCGGCGUGCGCUGAACUGGGAUUAGUCUGGGGAACCAGGAGCUUAAGCUGCUGUAAUAACCGUGUUUGAAAAGCUCUCUGCCGUUUCGUAACCGCGCGCUGCAGAUAACCCACUUUCGGAGAGGGGCCUCGGUUGGUCCCUGGGGGAUGGAGAAUCUUUAGCCAGUGCCGCCCAGAGGCCCAGGCUCCACGCAGCGAGACGGGCAGGGUCUCCCCUGGUUAACCUGCCCCCUGGGGAUCAGCACCCCAAGCCCACUAGCCUCCUGUGGUAACUCCUGGGCUUCACUCGACCCCAUGGCCUGUGGAUCCCCCUCCCCCGCCUCUGGGUGCCAGGCUGCAGACUUGGGCCUGGCGGGGAUUGCGAUGCCCCUUGUCACCCUCUGCUGGCUUCCGCCCCGGCCCCUAGCACUGCCUGCAAGUGAGAGACCGUUCGUAUCUGUCCAGCCAUGUUGACGGGAGGGCUCGAUGCACUGCCCCCAGGGCCGCCAACCCAGCCACCUCCAAGCUGCUAAAUAAAUGCUGGGUCGAUCCCACCCAGGUGCCUUUUAAUGGGCCCGAUUCUGCCCCCCCGCCAAGGUGGCAAAAGUCCCAUCAGCCUUUGGGCUUGUGCUGAUCUCUGGCCCAGGGCGUUUCCUGUUUGGGGGCUCGGGAUCCCAGCACGCUGCCCGUGUGCUGCUCACACCGCAGAUCCAGGCUGCCUUACGGGUGUGAUCGACACCAGCAGGCCGAGGCCUCGUGCCAGCCCGCCCCAGGGGUUUGAAACCACCCUCUGCUGCCCCAGCACAGAGCACAGUCGGGUUCCCUGCCAAAACCAAUCGCUGCGCGAGCUCGCUGAGCUGCACAAACCUCCUCUUAAAAGGCUUUUUUCCCGGGGACUUAAAGCUCCUUGACAGCUUUCGAGCGGGACCCUAACCUUAGCCAGGAUGCAGUGCCCCCGGCAUCUGUUAGCAGCAGCCGGCCCAGCAAGCCUCUCACAAGCCUCAGAGCCUAUUUUUAGCCAGGCCGAAGCUUGGCAGCAGCGCGGGGUCAGAGGGGCAUUGCCCGGAGUUAGCACAAAUGGGGUGGGAAGCACCAGGCCAGCAGGCUGGGAUCUGUGAGCACAAGGGGCGUGUGCUGCUUUCCACGGGCUCGCACAAGCUUCCUUGCCCCCUUGGCUGCUGGCUCGAUGCGGGAAUCAGGCUGCCGGGUUCUCUGCUGUGGGAAUGGCACGAGUUGCCUCGCCUGGAAUUUUCACUCAGCCGCUGAUUGUAGGCGCCUCCGUUUUUGAGACCCCUCCAGCUGCUACUUUAGAGGGGCUGAGCACAGGGGAUAGGGUGGGUGCUCAGCACCUUUAAAAUGCCUCACGCUGGGCACCCAGCACCCGAGGCCCUUUGCUGCCGGCGCCUCCGUUUGCCCAGUUGUGAAAUGGGGCCAGUGCGGUCGCCCUUUGUGAGAUGCCCCGAGAUCUUUGUGCAAAGCCCCGUCUGAGUGCUUGGGCUGUGUCACUGCUCCAGUGAACGCUGUCUGCUGGGGGGCUAGGCCCUUGGCACCGGGCUGGCAGCAGUCGCGUAUGUUCCCCUCUGGAACAGGCCUCCCUCCGAGGGGGUGGAUGCACUCAGCCUUUGGCAAAGCCUCUGAGUGGAGAAGCCCAAGUGAAGAGAGACCGGGGUUGGGGAGGGCACCCAGCAGAGUGCGUGGGGGAGACGCCAACCAGGCUGCUUUGGUGUGAGCCGUGCAAGUCGGUCCCAGCGGCCCCUUCCCGAGUGGGGCGGGAUAAACUGGAGUAUUGGACUCGAUUGCUGUGCACUGGGUGUGCUGCAAACAGCUGCUCCGCUCGGCUGCCACUUCCUGACACUCGCACACACACGCACACACCCGUGCACAUGGCUGGGGGCUCGGAGUGGAACAGUUUGGUGUUUUUUCUGUGACAACCACUCAAUAAAUAAAUGAUUGGCAGCGA